GAUCUAACCUAUAAUUAAAGUUUUCUUGUCAAAAACUGAAAAUUAAAAAAAAUUUGCAUCAUAUCAUCAAAUCUUUUUAAUAAUGGCAACGCUCAUAAAAGAUGUGAAAUUGGAGAAUGUGCCGUCAGAUGUUCUAUUUGAAAAACAUAAGGAAUUUCUGCAAAGCUACGAAAAAGAUGAAAACAACUAUGAGUACGGCAUAACCGAUUAUUUACGAAUAUCGGGCAUGUACUGGGGCCUAACAGCUUUAGAGUUAAUGCAUGUGGAUACGUAUAACAAAAAGGUAGUAGACUUCAUUGUAAAAUGCCAGGAUCCGGAGACGGGCGGAAUCAGUGGUUGUAUACAUCAUGAUCCUCACAUCUUACACACCCUGAGUGCUGUCCAAAUCUUGACUAUAAUGGGAGAAAUUAAUGCGAUUGAUGUAGAGGGUGUUGUCAGAUAUGUGGCAGGCAAUCAACAACCUGAUGGGAGUUUUACAGGUGAUAAAUGGGGUGAAGUUGAUACUAGAUUUUCAUUUACCGCAGUAGCGACUUUGGCACUUCUAAACAGGCUGGAUGCAAUUGAUGUGAAUAAGGCUGUGGAGUUUGUGGAAAGCUGCAUGAAUUUUGAUGGAGGUUUUGGUUCGAGGCCUUUGUCUGAGAGUCAUGCAGGAUUAAUAUUUUGUUGUUUGGCAUUUUUGUCAAUUACAAAUAGAUUAGACAUAGUAAAUCAGGAUAAUUUGGCCUGGUGGUUAUGUGAGAGACAGUUGCCAUCAGGUGGAUUAAAUGGUCGACCUGAGAAAUUGCCUGAUGUGUGUUAUUCAUGGUGGGUUUUGUCAUCACUUACUAUAUUAGGAAGACUUCACUGGAUUAAUCAUUCUGCCAUCAAAACUUACAUUCGCGCUUGUCAAGAUACUGAAACUGGUGGAUUUUCUGACAGACCAGGAAAUGUGCCUGAUCCAUAUCAUACUCUGUUUGGAUUAGCUGGGUUAAGUUUUUUGGGAGAUGAUAGAAUUAAACCUAUUAAUCCAACAUUUUGUAUGCCUCAAAGUGUUAUUGAUAAAUUAGGUUUGAAGCCUCAAAUUCUAAGUUAAAAAUGUGAUAUAAUUUUUAUUUUAUUAAAAAUAUAAACUUACCAAAUAAAGAUCAUUUUCAUUAUA